AGCACUACGUUGGUAACACGUCGGUGAAUGUCGUAAGAAAUAAUAAUAAUAAUUUAUUCAGCUUAACAAUACGCGAUACGGCGGUCGUGAACGAAGCCGCGAGCAUGGUUAUCAUGAUACGCAUACGCGCGUAGAUAACUGUGGUUGGUACACGCUAGUGAGAGAAGAAAAAAAAAAAAAAACCAAAACAGACAAAAAACACGACGAAUACAAUCGUAUUGUGUUCCUAUUUUUUUUUUCUAUAGGUACUAUUAUUGUUAUAUUUCGUAAGUAUUGUCCUCGGACCUCGACUGAAAUUUUGUUUUCACUAGCGGUGACAUUCGUCGUCGAGUGAGUGACGCCAACAAGACUACAAGACGCGGCAUAAUUAUUCAAUCGCUGUGGAAACCCAGCGCGAGCAGUCGACUGGGUAGUUUGCCCGUGACUGGCAACCAUUACAUGGAUACAUUAUUUCGGGCUCACUCAACGUCUGUCACACAAGUCUCUUUUGUGCGUGUUUCACGUACGCCAUCGCCAUCGCUGCACCAUCACAGAUCGGGCACCUAACGUUUGGACCGCCGUUGUUUCAUCUUCUUCGCGACCAUUAUCCAAAUGAUAAUAAUAUGAUACACAAUGCAGUAAUAACAGUUUAUCAUUAUUCCUGACCUAAACAUUAUUGGAAUCAUUACUUAAAAAAAUCUUCAUAUUCAUUUAGAUCAACGUCCAUAGUUUGUUACAAUGUCCAAAAUACAUAACUUAAUCUGUUAUAAGAAAAAUAAUGCACAAAAAUCGAUGUCUGCUGCUGAAGAAACAUUUGUUGGUGCUAUUGAUGAAGGCACUAGUAGUACACGUUUCUUGGUGUUUUCAUCAAAAACUCACCAGCCAAUAGCCAGUCAUCAAAUAAGUACAAAUAACAUAACAUUGCAUGAAGGAUGGGUGGAACAAGAUCCAGAGGAUAUACUAAUGAAAGUUAAAGAAACUAUAGCUGUAACAUGCGAAAAACUGAAAAUGAUGAAUAUAUCACCUUCAGCAAUCGCUGCAAUAGGCGUGACAAAUCAACGAGAAACUACUUUAGUGUGGGACAAGUAUACAGGGAAACCAUUAUACAAUGCUAUAAUAUGGAUGGAUAUGAGAACACAACCAAUAGUUGAUAGAUUCAUCAAUAAACGAAUUCCUAACUGUCAUACGUUGGACGAAAAAAAAAGGCAUUUACAAUUCAAAUGUGGUUUAACGAUGAAUCCAUACUUUAGUGUGUUCAAAUUAAUUUGGUUAAUGGAAAACGUACCCGAAGUUUCAAGAGCUAUUCAAGAAGAGAGGUGUAUGUUUGGUACAAUGGAUUCAUGGCUAAUUUGGAAUCUAACAGGCGGUAUAAAUGGAGGAGUUCAUAUAACUGAUGUUACUAAUGCUUCUCGGACCAUGCUGAUGAAUAUUCACUCAUUAAGAUGGGAUAAGGCAUUGAUUGAAUUUUUUGAAAUGCCAAGCAAAUUAUUAUAUCCAGAAAUACGAAGCUGUUCAGAGGUGUACGGUCGUAUGACUGACGGACCACUAUCAGAAACACCAAUAUCUGGGUGCAUAGGUGAUCAGCAAGCUGCCCUUAUGGGCCAAAUGUGUUUUUUGGCAGGUCAAGCCAAGUGCACAUUCGGUACUGGGUGCUUUUUGUUAUACAACACUGGUCGUAAGCCAGUGAUUUCAACUCACGGCCUUUUAACUACCGUGGCUUACAAGAUGGGCAAACACACUGAUCCCAUUUAUGCGCUUGAAGGAUCAGUGGCUGUAGCUGGAUCUGCUACAAAGUGGUUGAAAGAUAAUCUAUGUAUCGUGGAUAGUUUCAAGAACAUGGAGGUAAUGGCUGAUAGUGUUGAAGACACAAAUGGAAUUCAUUUCGUUCCUGCUUUUUCUGGACUUUAUGCACCAUACUGGAAAAGUGAUGCACGCGGAACUAUCACAGGGUUGACUAUGGAGACAACAGACGCACAUUUAAUGCGAGCAACUCUCGAAGGAAUCUGUUUCCAGACAAAAGAUGUUAUGCAAUCUAUGCAGUCAGACACUGGCCAUCCUAUUACGGCAUUGAAUGUUGAUGGUGGUAUGUCUACUAGCGAUACAUUUUUGAAGAUUCUCACGAAUGUUUGUUGUCUUCCUGUCGUGCGCCCUAAAAUGGUGGAAACUACAGCUCUAGGCGCUGCUCUGGCAGCUGGUUUUGCUGUUGGUAUAUGGAGUAUGCACAGUGUUCAAUCAAACUGUGACACUUUUAUUCAGACUUUAUCAGAAGAAGAACAAAAAUCCGAGUACAUUUUGUGGAAAAAAGCGAUUGACCGGAGUAUAGGUUGGAACAAAGAUGAUGAAGAAAAUGAAUAUGAUGACUUUGCUGGUUUCUAGCCAUUUAUAAUAAAUCAAAAGCUGAUUUAUAGAA